CUGAAGCUCAGAGUGGAGGAGGAUGUUCAGAUUCCUAAACCACCAGCUCUACCCAAACGCAAGUCCUUUGCGAGCACUGCUUCCCUAGCAAGUCCUGCUGGCGGCUCGACACCGGCAAGCCCAAAGUUUCCCGUGAUCAAAACAGCUGCAAGCGCGGAUGAAAAUCGUGUUCCUCAUUUGGAGAUCAGCCAACCGAAGCCCACAACAGCUCCUGAGAUAACUGGGGGUCAAGUGACGCAAAAAGAAGAGAAUUCUCGCAAAAGCAGCGUUUCAAGCAACGCCCCCGGACCCGAUACGGAACAGAAAGCAGACGUGGAGCCAGCAGUUCAAGAAAAACGGUUUGUUCGACCACAUGGCUUCGAAAGAGGACUGAGUGUAGAACGGAUUCACAUGUUCCUCAAGAGAGCUGAUCGGAUAUUUGCUGUAGUUCAGUUCAAAAACUGCGAUACUCUUGAGGUUCUUGCUACCCAGAUUGUCCAGCACUAUGAACCUUUAUUGAGUCGUUUACUUGUUCUCAUUAUUACACUCAUUUGUGUUUUUUCACCUUCUCAAGUCACUGAUAUGGCACUAACUGUAUUUGAACAAGCGCAGUUAUAG